AUGGCUUCAAGUUUGACUACGGUUGUUCAAAAUGCUCGUAAACUCCAUACAGCCACCGGCUUGGGUGAUAGCGGAUACGGCUGGGCUCCAGAGACGAAAAAAAUGGGUGAUACAUUGGAACACGUUAAAUUCGUUCUUCCAAACGCUCCCGUACAACCAGUAACAAUUAAUUUUGCCAUGGAAAUGCCAUCUUGGUAUGACAUUUAUACAUUAGGGGAUACCGAAGAUAUCCUCAAGAAUCGAGUAGAUGAGGAAGGAGUAUUAUCAUCAGUCGUUUCAGUAAAUCGUCUUAUACGUAAUGAAAUUGAUGCUGGCAUUCCUUCAAAUCGAAUUGUCGUUGGAGGUUUCUCACAGGGAGCAGCGGUUGGGAUUACUGUUGGGAUAUCAUCCGAAUAUUCAUUGGGUGGAAUUAUAGGUUUAAGUGGAUAUCUUCCUUUAAAAGAGAAAACAUUAACGAUGGCCACGGAUGCAAAUAAGAAUACACCUAUUUUCAUUGGUCAUGGUGAUAUGGAUCAGACUGUACCUUAUCGACUUGGGAAGUUAUCACAUGAUCUUCUUAAAUCAAAAGGAUACCCUAUAACAUUCAAAACUUAUAAUAUGCAACAUGAAUCUUCCCCAGAAGAAACAAAAGAUGUUAUUAAAUUCUUGCAACAAGUUAUUCCUGCAUAG